UUGAAAUUAUUUCAAGUGUCUUCUCUGCUUCCCACUUCUAAAUUUUUCAAUCAUAGUGUUCAAAAAAUUGUACUAUAUCAUAUGUUACCUUAAAAACAUGUUACCUUAAAAACCUUGUCAAAACCUUAUUCUGUGUUGUGUCUGUUCAUAUUCAAAAGCUAAUAUUUCAUUAGCUUCUUAUGGCAUUCAGAAUCAGAAUCUUUGUUUUCGUUGUUGUUUUUGUUUUUCAUUUGAUAGAUGGUUAUUCUUCUUCUUCUUCAAUUCAAGAGGUUCUCCGGAGCCAUGGUUUACCGGCGGGGCUAUUUCCGGAGAGUGUGAAGUCUUAUAAUUUGGAUCAAAAUGGUGUUUUGGAAGUGAAGUUGGAUAGUCCUUGUAUUGUGAAGUAUGAGAAUAGAGUGUUUUUCGAAACGGUUGUUCGGGCUAAUCUUAGUUUUGGUCAGCUUAAAGAUUUGGAAGGUCUUUCUCAAGAAGAGCUUUUUCUUUGGUUGCCGGUGAAGGAUAUCAUUGUGGAUGAUCCUUCAUCGGGGCUCAUUCUUAUUGAUAUUGGUAUUGCUUAUAAGCAACUUUCUCUUUCUCUCUUCGAAGAUCCACCCGUUUGUAGAUCCCAAGGGUUUUCAGUGGAGAUGGUUGGAAGGAAGAGAAUUGGAUUUGAAGAUCAAAGAUAAAAGAUUGAUGGAUGGAUGAUUAUCUACAUGGAAAGAUGGUUUCUUUUCUAUGCUCAAUUUUGUUUUUAUUAGAAAUAGUUAUACUGUGGAAUGUGCAUAGAUCUCAAGAUGACUCAUGAGGAUUUUGUGAUUAGGUUAGGAGUCACUUGGGAGAAGAAAGAAAGAAAACAAAACUGAUGAUGGCAGUGUUUAUUGUAAAAAUUUCUCUGCAAUUGUGUGCCACUUUUUUACUAAUCCUAAAGGAAAGGCUUAAUUUCAUCUCAUAUCUAUCAUUUCUUUCUUUCUUUAUUUUAAUUUAUUUUUCUUUUUAUGUCAAUGUUAAUUUACUGGCGUUUUAGAUUGAUAGCGUGCCUGGUAUCUGAUAUAAGAAAUGUUGUUGUGUUGGUGUUAGUAUCGUGUUUAAUAUCUGUUUGUAUUUCAUUAUGGAAAAUAUCGUGUGGUCCAUGUUAAAAUUAGACUGGUUAAAUUUUUUUUUAAUUAUAAUUGAUCAUAUGAUUGAUCAUUUAGUGUUAUGUGAUUUUCAUUUCUGUUAUAUAUCUGCCCUUCCCUUGUUUAAAUUAAACAUGAACUUGUUUGAUUAGAUUCAAAUAGUGUUGACACAAAUUGUUCAAUAAAAAAAAUACAACUUUUGAGAGUCUACUACUAAAUGCACAUAGCAUUAACAUCAACCAAUGACUUGACAAAUUUGUGUAGAUUGAUGAGACUUGGAUUACUCUCAUAAUGGUACAUGAGAGGAACCAUUCUUGCAACAUUAACACAAAAUUUGAUAAAUGAUGACGAAAAUAUUGGAUUUGGGAUUAUGAUUUCUUGAUUGAGACACU